CCCUUCUCGACCGUCCCCUUUCUUCCCGAUGCCGACUUCGUCGAGCGAGCUGACGUGACUGCGUGGCUGGAUACAACCCUCGCACAGCCUGGCAGCCGUGCCGCCCUUGUCGGCCUGGGAGGUAUCGGCAAGUCCCAGGUAGCGAUCGAGUACGCGCACCGAGUCCGACAACGAUCGCCGAGUACGUGCGUGCUCUGGGUGCACGCGGAUACCCAAGCGCGGUUUGAGGAGGCGUAUCGCGGCAUUGCAGACCGACUGCAGCUGCCUCAGCGCCAUGAUCCCAAGGUGGAUGUGCUGCAGCUGGUGUACAACUGGUUGUUCAGCGCGGAGAAUGGACACUGGCUAAUGAUACUGGAUAACGCGGAUGAUGUCGAAGUAUUCUUUCCAAGACGCCACGACCGAGCUGGGACAACUGUGUCGAAGCAACGACUAUUGGCGACGCUUCUGCCGCAGACUGAGAAUGGCAGGGUCCUUGUUACGUCGCGGAACAGGGAUGCGGCCGAACGGCUAGCAGGCAGCUGGCGUGUCUUCUUCAUGCAGCGAAUGGACGAGAACCAAGCAAGGCAAUUACUUCAGAAGAAGCUUCGAGACAAAUACGAGGAAGAGGUAGCCGCCCCGCUAGCUCAAGCGCUCGAGUACAUACCUCUCGCAAUCACCCAGGCAGCCGCGUAUAUCGCCCGACGAUGGCCACGGAUCUCAUGCUCGACGUAUCUGGAACAGUUUCGAAAGAAUGAGAAAAAGAAGGAAAGUCUGCUAAAUCAAGAUCUAGGUGAUCUUCGGCGUGACAGGACGGCGGCGAACUCGGUGGUGGUGACAUGGCAGAUCACGUUCGAACAGAUCCAGAAGGAGCGGCGGUCAGCCGCAGACUUGCUCUCUCUCAUGAGCCAUUUCCACCCGCAGGAGAUACCGGAAUGGGAAAACGACGACGACGGCGAAGAUGACCACGACGACGACGGUCUGGACGAUGACCUAGAAACGCUCCAAGAUUACUCGUUGGUGGCCGUGACCGUGCAACAGGACAUCUAUGAGAUGCAUGCACUCGUGCAGUUUUGUGCACGGGCCUGGCUCUCAUCAGUGGGUGAUAUGGCAAGAUGGAAGCAGAGAUUUCUGCACAUCAUGUCAGAGAAUUACCCGCCGGGGAGUUAUGAGAACUGGUCAAAGUGUCAGCAACUUGAGCCUCACAUUGCGCAGCUUGUCGACACCCAGCCUGCAGAUGCUAAGGGUGCGACAGAAUGGGCGCGGUUAUUGGCAAACGCAGGAUGGUAUGCGUGGCAGAUGGGAGGAUACGACAGGGCCAAGGACUUGCUCUGGAAGGUAGUGGAGGUUCGAGAGGCAGUUCUUGGCGCAGGGAAUAGCGAUACACGUACAAGCGUCAGCAAUCUCGCUGCAGUGCUGCGGGACCAGGGCAAGUACGAAGAGGCGCAGGCGAUGAACCGACGGGCGCUUGAUGGUUAUGAGAAGGCGCUAGGCAAGGACCAUCCUUCCACACUCACGAGCGUCAGCAAUCUUGCUGGAGUGCUGCAGUACCAGGGAAAGUACGAAGAGGCGGAGGCGAUGAACCGACGGGCGCUUAAUGGUCGCGAGAAGGCGCUGGGCAAGGACCAUCCAGACACACUUAGGAGCAUAUACUGCCUCGCUUACCUCUGCCACAAGCAAAAUCGACUCGAUAAAGCCGGCGAGCUUUAUGUCAACGCCUUGAAUGGAUUCAGGAAAGUAUUAGGGCCAACUCAUCCUACAACGUUAGCUUGCGAGGGUCAUUAUGUAUCUUUGAGUGAAGAGAUGGCUGCAAUGAGGUGUCGCAAUCAAUAUUGCUAG